CGUGUUUCCCUGCACCUCAACGCAGCAUCGCACAUCUGCCGGCCUCCCACACGCUCCUGGAACACAUCUGUGUCCCGGUACCUCGUGUUCCCCUGAGCUGCAGGACACAAAGAACAACCUGAGGUUUCUCCCUGUGCUGGGUUUUCUCUGCUCGUCAAGACGAUGGCGGAGGAAACGGAGGAUGUGGAGCUGAACGAGCAGGAGAGGACGCGAGGAGGCGCAGUCAUGAUGAGACACCCUCUGGCCUCCUUCUUCCACCUGUUCUUCCGAGUGGUUGCCAUCGUGGCCUAUCUGCUCUGUGACUGGAUCAGCAAGAACUUUGCUUCGUGUUUCGUCCUGAUCAUAACUCUGCUUUCUUUUGACUUUUGGUCCGUUAAGAAUGUGACUGGCAGGCUGCUGGUGGGGCUGCGCUGGUGGAAUCAGAUUGACGAGGAUGGAAGGAGCCUCUGGGUGUUUGAGGCCAAAAAAUUUGUCCAGACCUCCCGGGGCAACAACACUGGGACGGAAGUAGAGGAGAGGAUAUUUUGGCUUGGUUUAAUCAUCUGUCCUCUCAUUUGGACGUUGUUCUUCUUCACCUCCCUGUUCUCCCUGAAGAUUAAGUGGCUGUAUCUGGUCGUAGCUAGUAUUUCCCUCCAAGUGGCCAACCUCUAUGGUUUUCUUCGCUGCAAGGCGGUGGGACAAGAUGGCCGGCCUCCAGACUCCCGCUCUUUCGCGGGACAGCACCUCCUGCAGCGCCCAGACAUCAUCUUUGGGAUACUAUGAAGAUGACCUCCCCUACUUGUGUGUGUUAUUGUUUGUGUGUGCUUGCGUAUGUGUGUGUGUGUGUGUGUGCUAUACAUUGAGCUGCCUGAUCUCCAGAGUUUCCACAAACCUCAUCUACUUGAAUGGCUUUGUGCCGUUGUUUCAUGCUGCUAACUACUCACAUGUUGCCCAUGGAUCAG